CACGUGAAACUUGGCUUGCCUUCAAACUCAUUUCCUGCUUGAUUUUGUGAUUUAGCCAUCAAUGUCAGCUGGUAGGAAAUGUGUGUUUUCUAUUUAUUUUACUAAACAACCUAUCUACCCAUGAGAGAGUGCCAGAAGUGUCCAAAAAUUAUGAUACCGAGAAUAAACAUUAUUACUGACUAUUUAUAAACUUAAUUAUGUUUUUUUUUUUUUACUUAGGGAGCAUAAUUAGUGAUAUUUCUUCUGUAGUUUUCAUUAAACUUUCAUAGUAAAAGAGCUUGGAUAAUAUGAAAAGUUUUAAUUCUUAUGAAUGAUUUUUAGUAAAAUCAUACUUGUUUUGAACUCGUGAUGAUGUAUAAUAAACUUGCUUACUGUGGUUUACUGGCUUUAUUUCUCUAAUCUCAGUUUUUACUCCAAAGUGACUGAACCCUGCAGACACUGGUCAGCCUCAGACAUAGUCAUUCUCCAAGUAGCCUCCAUUUACACAGUAGUAGGUCUCCCUCCUUUGUGUUUCCUGAUAAAGGCAUCUCUGGGGAUAGAGGGCAGGAGAGUUACUCUUUGAAGAAUUUUACUUGGGGGCCAAAAAUUUAAACUCACACCAUGGGACACAUUCAGCCUGACCUAGCACUCUCAAACCUUUCAUCCUGUAUUUCUCCAUUCUCAUUUGUCUUUGCAUGUGGGGGCCAAACUUAGAGAUUGUAACUGUGAUACAAGAGCCAACCAGCAGAUCAAAGAGUACACCAAAUUUCUUCUGAAUACCAACAGUGGAAUGGCUUCAGGCGGCCUUUUGAUCUUUGUCUCAGCACCCGAUGGUGCCACACUGUAGCACUGCCCACUUGCUAGCACUGGGGGAGGUUCCUGUGGGUCCUCCUAACAGGCUGAUUCAGCCUGAGCUCCUGGGGCUAAGCUCAUUUGGUAGCAGCCAAAGAGGUAUCUUUCAUUCUUCUUCUUUCUUACUCACCUGAACCUGAGCAAUUUCCCUUCCUGCAGCCACACCAUCUUGUGUGUUUUCCCCUGAGAUGUUGAUCUAGGAGAACCCUAAGGAGGUGCCAUAACUAAUGGUGAUAUGCUCCAUUUAUGCUACAGGCCUGGGUCAGUCACCUCAUAGCACUAGUCCCAUUCUUCAUUGUUGAGUCUAAAUUGGAGCUCACAUGGGAACUGAGAAUGCUGUCUGACCAACACCAGGAAAAUGAUGCAACUCAUAUUAACAAAGACCAAAAGGCUUUCUUUACAGGUAUUUAAUUUAAUGGAAGUACUGCAAACCCUGCUUGAACUUGUAAGGCAUAAAAGAUGGCAAUUACUUAGAUAAGAAAGUAAUUUGUUACAGGACCCCUUUAAAUAUUUGCUGCAUUCAAAAUAUUAACUGUGUCAUAAAAUUCAGAUCACACAUUAUCUGUUGUGUAAAACAAAAUACCUUAUGUGGCCACGUAUUGAUUCUGAGAAACAAAAUUCCCUUUCCCGAUGGGCAUAGGUAAGGUAGGAUAUGGGGUUCAGAAACAAAGAGAAAGCCUGUUCAACUUCCAUCCUGACUCUAAGCUUAAACUUUCCAACAUAGAUUGAUUGAGGGAUAUUUUUUCCAACAUGCUUUUUUUUUUCCACUUUAUCAUUCAGCUCUGAUAACUUUUUUUCCACUUUAUCAUUCAGCUCUGACCACCCCCCAUUCAGAGUUUGUGCCUUGAGGCUUGCCAGCAGGGCUUGCAGUACUUACAUUAAACUAAAUUUAAGAGUAAAGGUGCUCCUGCUGCUAAUGUUCUCAGAUCAGAGGAGAGCAAAAUGAAGGAACUGGCAGCUGAAACUUUAAUGGUAGGAAACGUUGACUCAGAAUUUGAAAAAAAAAAAAAAAAAAGCACAGUUGAUCUGUAUAACAAAGAAGACAUAUCCCUCUCCAUGUAUGUCAUUUGCAUUUGGUUUCUAUUCCAUGCUUACAUUUUCUAACAAAAAUCAUCGAACUCAAGUAAACAUCAAAAAGGAUAAAUUUUAUAUAACAUGCUGGUAUGCCAACUUUGGUGGGGAGUUAUACGCACCUGGAUGAGCUAUCUUGGCUGGAUCAGCACCUCUGGGGGCUGCUCUCUUUUAUCUGUCUACAAAUAGCUGGAUGUUCUUAGUAUUCAAGGAAAUUGCAAGCACUGUUCCUCAUUUUGAAGCUCCUGGGUGAACUCUUCAAAGACCCCUGCAAUUAUGAAGAGAUUACCCUGGCCCCAGUGCCCACUGCAUAAUGCUUUGGCAAGUAAAGUGGGGCUUUUAGAAAAGAGUCUAAAAUUUAUAGAGGAUGGAAUGCCCCAAAUGAGGCAAACUUAGUUGUUUUCUUCUCUCCCUUUUGAAAUUUACUAGGGCUACACUGGUGUGGGUUAAGAACUUAGAUGAUUCCGAUGUUCACUGUAACAUUGGAAGACUCUGGAACUCUGUGGAAAAGUCUUCACAGCUCCUCUGAAUCUGAAAUGACCACCCUGCCCCCACUGCCCAUGACACGCCCAAAGCUUACAGCCUUAGCCAGACAGAAGCUGCCUUGCUCCUCCAGAAAAAUUCCAAGGUCUCAAUUGAUCAAAGAAAAAGAUGACAUAGAUCAUUAUCUAGAGGUGAAUUUCAAAGGAUUAUCAAAAGAGGAAGUUGCUGGUUAUAGGAACUCCUACAAGAAGAAUAUCUGUGUGGACAUGCUGCGAGAUGGUUAUCAUAAGUCCUUCACCGAGCUCUUCGCUCUGAUGGAGCAGUGGGAUGCCCUGAGGGAGGCUGCGAGAGUCAGGUCCCUCUUCUGGCUGCAGAAGCCCCUGGAGGAGCAGCCUGAUAAACUGGAUUACCUCUACCAUUACCUGACCAGGGCUGAGGACUCUGAGAGGAAAGAAUCCUUCGAAGAUGUAUAUAAUAACUUGUAUGCUCUGGCCUGUUACUUCAAUAAUUCUGAAGACAAGUGGGUAAGGAACCACUUCUAUGAACGAUGUUUUAAGAUUGCUCAGCUGAUCAAAAUUGACUGUGGAAAGAAAGAAGCCGAGGCACACAUGCAUAUGGGUCUUCUCUACGAGGAAGAUGGUCAGCUUCUGGAAGCUGCUGAGCAUUAUGAAGCAUUCCAUCAAUUGACACAGGGGCGGAUAUGGAAGGAUGAGACAGGCCGCUCUCUCAACUUGUUGGCCUGUGAGAGUCUCCUGAGGACUUACAGAUUACUCUCAGACAAAAUGCUAGAAAAUAAAGAAUACAAACAGGCCAUCAAAAUUCUAAUAAAAGCUUCUGAAAUAGCCAAAGAAGGAAGUGACAAAAAGAUGGAAGCGGAAGCCUCUUACUACUUGGGCUUAGCACACUUAGCUGCUGAGGAAUAUGAAACAGCAUUAACAGUCCUUGACACUUACUGUAAAAUCUCCACAGACCUGGAUGAUGAUCUCAGUCUGGGGAGAGGCUAUGAAGCCAUAGCCAAGGUCCUGCAGAGCCAAGGAGAGAUGACAGAAGCAAUUAAAUACUUGAAAAAAUUUGUGAAAAUUGCAAGAAAAAAUUUUCAAAGCCUAGAUUUGGUGAGAGCAAGUACAAUGCUUGGGGACAUCUACAAUGAAAAAGGAUACUACAACAAAGCUUCUGAGUGCUUUCAGCAAGCUUUUGACACAACAGUAGAGCUAAUGAGCAUGCCUCUGAUGGAUGAGACAAAAGUUCACUAUGGAAUAGCAAAAGCUCAUCAGAUGAUGCUUACAGUGAACAACUAUAUAGAGUCUGCAGAUCUCACCAGCCUCAACUACCUGCUGUCAUGGAAGGAGAGCAGAGGUAACAUUGAACCUGAUCCAGUUACUGAAGAGUUUAGAGGAUCCACAGUGGAAGCUGUAUCUCAAAACUCAGAACGUUUGGAAGAACUCAGUAGGUUUCCAGGUGAUCAAAAAAAUGAAACUUAAAUCAGCUUUUCACUUAACAUCAAAGCAAGAAGAAAUCCAUCAUGUCACCUUAGACUUUAAUACUUGUAAUAGGAGCAUGUUACAGAUAAUAUAGAGUUAUAAUAAAACGGACUAUGACUCUUUUCAUUGGA